AUGAGUUUGGGCAGCAACUCCUUCCCGAGUAUAAUCAUACCUGAUACUUCCUUAAGGCCCUAUAUUAUUUCUGAGCAUGGCACAACGCCUCUGCAGCCCUUCACUAGUUCAUGCAUCCCUCUUCCUCCCUUGGAAGGCCUUGUUAUUUCAAUGUGCCGAUAUCCUAACCCUAACAGUAACGGACGGAUAAGAAAGCAUAAAAUAUGA